UUGUGAUCUGUGAGCCCAUGCUUUGACUUAAAAAAGCGAGACCUUAGCCAGAGAGUGGGGAAGAAAGAACUAAGAAGUAAGACGAUAGAUCAUUCUUAUAUGGCGGAGGAUGUGGAGAUGUUGAAUAUGCCAGAAGAUGUUCUGAUCGAUAUUCUCUCAUGGCUUCCAGUUAAGUCACUGGUGCGAUUCAGGUGUGUAUGUAAAGCUUGGUUUGAUCUUAUCAGAAACCCUGUUUUUGUAGUGAAGCACCAUCUCAAGCAAACAACUCUUAAUAAUAUCACUCUGCUUGUGAGGCAUGGUGAAGGAGACAAUAUUUUCUCCUUGAUUUCUUCUCUUGCCAAAGAUGAAGAUGACGCUGAACAAAUGAUUGCUGUCACAGAAACUAUUAAUAUUCCAUUUACCAAUUCCUUCUCUGAGUAUGCACAAGUAUUGGGUCCUUGUAAUGGCUUGAUCUGUUUAUCUGAUCCAAAUAGCAGUAAGAUUGCGAUCUGGAAUCCAAGUAGCAGAGAAUUCAAGCCUCUCCCUUUGUCCCCAAUUAAGCGUGCAAAACACAGCGCAUUUGGGAGUUGCGGGUUCGGCUUUGAUCGCAAAACGAAUGACUACAAGGUGUUGAGGAUUGUGACUCAAUAUCUCAAUCAGAGAAGGUGCUGGGUCAAUCAAGCUGAGAUAUACUCUCUAGAUGCAGAUUCUUGGAGAGAGAUUCCUACACUUGAACAUCUUCCUCAAGAUAUUGGCGAUAUUCCAUGUUUUAACACGUAUCAUGAUGGACAUUAUUACUGGCGGGCGUUUCGGGGGCGUGGUGGAUUGAUCUUGUCCUUUGACUUUGCAGAUGAAGUGUUUGAGGUAUUGCCAUUACCGGAUCCGGGUGAGGGCAUUUCGUGGAACAAUUACUCUUGGCAUCUUGCAAUCUUCAAUGGAUGUAUUGCGGCUGUACUUUAUGCAUGGCAGGAUCCAGAGAAAUGCUUUGAUUUAUGGGUGAUGACUGAACGUGGAGUCAAGGAUUCUUGGGUGAAACAAGCGAGGAUAGGACCUAUCUCCGGAGUUGAUAGGCCCUUGGAAUUUUGGAGGAAUGGGGGAUUGUUUUUAAAAAAUUCUAGGGGACAAUUGGUCUUGUAUGACCCAAGCACUCAACAGCUGAAAAAUCUUCAACUCCCUGGUCCUCAAGGUAGAUUACAGGUUGUAACCUAUGUGGAAAGUCUUGUUCCAAUCAAUGGUAGACGAGAGGACGAGGAUGAUCUGUUUGUUCGUACAACAAUUCAAAACUCGUAGGGAACAAGGACUUUCACCGCUAGGGGAAGAAUGGCUUUUGUCAUAUGAUGGUAUGCCAUUAUACUCAAAUGGUGUUUAAUUAUUUUGUUUAUGGCUUGCAAAAUAUUAAUGUUAGCCCUGUGCUGUAAUAGAUGAUGGAUGGUUUUCCUUACACUAGAAUGUAAGAAUUUAGCGUAAUUAGUCUGUGCUGGUUGUAGUCUUGAUUUCUUGCUUCUGAUUCUAUAGUUUCUUGUGCAUUGGUGAUUGGGUUUUGCUAAUUCCUUAUAAUGCUAUAAUCCAUUAUUCAA